AACAAAUAUUAUGCCGACAGUUGGACAAAAGAAGAAGACAAAAGCAAAGCUAAACGCUUCAAAAACCCAACUGAAGAAACAUUUCCCUGGUUACUACUGUUAAUAGCAGUCAUAUUAUCAGGGGAAAAAGGAAGAAGAAAUGGAGAAAAAAGAGCCCAUUUUUAGGAAACUGCUAGUUUUUUCUGCUCUUCCAAUCUUCAUUCUUCUGCUCUUCUUCAUCCAUCAUCAACAGCCAUUAUAUUCAGGGUUACAAACUUUGGGAAAUAGAAAAUUUGGGGUUUUUACUGAAAAAGUAGAUUUGAUCAAGCUACAUUUGCAACUCAGAAAACUUGUUAGAGGGAAAGAUGUAGCUGAAUUUGAAGCCACAGGAUUUGCUUAUGAUGUUGACAAUUUUACUGAAGUAUGUGUGAUAAACAAGCCAAUUAUAUUCGACGAACAAUCUAUGACUGUGUAUCUACCCUCCGAAGAUGAAAAAGAGGUUACAAAACUGAUGGUUAAGCCUUAUCCAAGAAGGGAAGACCCGUAUGCCAUGGAACAGGUUACGCCGGUGCAGAUCAUCCGGGGAAAUUACAGCAGUAUCAAUCCACCAGCUUGUCAGAUUACACAUAAUGUACCGGGUUUAUUCUAUUCAUUUGCAGGAUUUGCAGAGAAUCCGUUUCAUGCUUUCAACGAGAUCAUAAUCCCAUUAUUCCUCACCAGCCGCCAUUUUGAUUCUAAGGUGCAGUUUGUCCUAACAGAUUUUAGAGGACGUUGGUAUUGGAAAUAUACUCAGGUUUUAAAGGAGCUGACCUUGUUUGAGAAUAUUGGUAUGGAUGCAACUAAAAGGGUUCACUGUUUUCCUGCUGGUGUCGUUGGGCUCAGGUAUCAUGAGAAUCUUGCAGUGAACAGCGACGAUGCUCCUUUAGGAUAUACAAUGCAAGAUGUCAGAGAAUUUCUGUGGAACACCUACGAUGUGAAGGUAAAAAGAACAUUAAAUCUCAAAAGGCCAAAAGUUCUCCUUGUUUCUCGACGAGGCUCAAGAAUAUUUCUGAAUGAAGAUGAGAUGGUGAACAUGAUGGAGCAAGAAUUAGGCUUUCAAGUUUAUAGAGCCAUGCCAAAUGAAACUAAGAAAUUGGACAAAUUUGCCCAAAUUGUUAAUUCUUGUGAAAUCAUGGUUGGGGCUCAUGGAGCCGGCCUCACGAAUGCUUUGUUUCUGCCCACUGGUGCAGCAAUGAUCCAGAUUGUUCCCUUAGGUCUAAACUGGGCUUCCGAUCACUACUUUGGUGAACCGGCCCCUGGCAUUGGACUGAAAUACAUUAGAUACAAGGUUUGGCGCAAUGAGACUUCACUCUACGAAAAAUAUGGUCCAGAUCAUCCAAUUGUAUCGGAUGCAGCUUCUAUUUGGGCUAAAGGAUAUAUGGCUGUAAAGGAAGCCUAUGUCGACGAGCAAAAUUUUAGAAUCAAUUUAGAUAGGUUCAAGGAGACACUUCUUGAAGCUUUGAGGCUUAUGGGACAGUCGGAUUCCUGACUUUAGAGUGUGUGCUGUUCUAUUUGUAAAUGAAGCACUAUUGGUUAUAGUUUAAACGAAUACUUUGGAUGGGAACUCGUGUUCUCAGGAGAUUUUGGAGGAUUGCAGCUUACAGGAUUUAUGUAAAUAGCGAGAUUUUGAUGCCUGUAUUUCCCUGCUAUCAGCUGUAAACUUGAAAAUAAGUUUGACAUAAGUUAUGGAUGAUUGGAUUUCAAGGGGAUGAGCAUGGAAGUAUGGAACUCUAUGUUAAAUUGUUAAUGUACCUGUCAUGUUAAUAUAUAUGUAAACUCUGUUAUUUCUCAUGAA